UGAAGUCUGUUUUCUGUUCCUUGCCAUAAAGAGAAGAGAAGAAGAAGAAGAGGUUGGUGCACCUGAUUGUUCAAAAAUAAGUAAUACAGCAUAAAUUUGAUUAAGCCGUUACAGGUGUCUCACGUUUCCAUAAAUUUCUGAAAGAAUUGGAUAUAAAAAUCGAUUUAUUUUUGCAUUAAAAUUGUUACUUGGUGAAAUAUAAGGUUAAAAUGAACAAUCGACGAAGACGUGCUGAUGAUUUCACAGAUUCCUUGACCAGUUUUCAUCAAAUAAUACAUGAAGAAAAACAAACUUUGAGUGUAUCGCAAGGAAAUUUGGAAGACAACUCAGAAAUUAAUUCUAUGAGAGAUAUGCAAUGUGAAAGUGUAAGCAAUAAUGAAUCUCGUGCUAGUUCUAUUAUUAUAGCAGGUAGUUUAGGUCAUCGGCAACAUAUUUCAUCAGAUCUAUGUAAGAUUGUUGAGGAUAAUAGUAAUAUCACAUAUAAUAAUAAUCAAGCUCGAAUAAGAGAUGUAUUAGGUGUGUCUGAUGAAACAUCAUAUUUGUCAUUGAGACCUGAUUUAAAUAAAUGUAUAAAUUUGUUUCACAAUGAGGAUAUAAGUAAGGAACAUCAUACUUUUGAAGAAUAUCCAAAUCAUGAUUCCAUGUUGUUUGAGAUUAAAGUUAACAAAGAUAUUUAUCAUUGUCACUUAAAGAAAAAUAAGACUGUAGAGGUACAAUGUGAUUUAAUUAGAGAUCGUCCAUGUGCUUUAUCAUUAAAUUCAUUGGCUGAUGCAAGCAUAUCAAUAAAGAAUCAAGAUGUAAUUAACAAAAAACUUCAAAGGUCUAAAAGCUGCAGUAUGCUGUACAGUAAUUUGAAGAAGGAUGCAAAUCAUAAUAUUAAAUCUAGAUACUUUUCUGUAGCAUCUACAGAUUCUGCUACAAGAAAAAGUAGUUAUGAAAAAAUUGACACAAUUCUAUUUAAUGCCUUGUCAUUAUCGAAGCCUUCUAUUUUAUCAAACAAGACGAACGAUUUCCAUUCUACUUCUGAAGAUCAGAAGUAUGAUUUAACAAACAGCGACACUAGUUCAAAAGAGCAAGUUAGUUCUUUUGAAUUAAAAACAUUUUUGCAUUCAUUGGAACAACAAAAGCCAAACGAGACAGUUGUGCAAGAACGUUUGCUGAGGCGUUUGUCUGCUAACUUCUAUAAUUCACCAAAAACUUUUACAGAAAAAUUACUAACAAUUAUUGAAGAAUCAGUUAUAAAUGAUGACUCUUGUGCACAAUUAGAAUACCCAGAAGUUAGCUUAUGUAGAUUAACUGAAGAACUUCGAAAAAUGUGCAAAUUUAUAGAGGAUGAAACUAUUCCAGAAUGGCCUCAGUCUCCAAGCAUGUCGACAUCAAUUUGUCUACGACAAAGAAGUCGAGAACCUAAAUCUCCCUUGCAGAAAUCCAUUAAUGCUUUUACAUCUCGAGAUAAAGACUUAUAUUUAGACAUGCCUGUUUCUCCUCGAUGUAAAAUUAAAAGUCCAAAGAAAAUUUGUCAGCAUACAUUAAAAACAUCAAAAAAUAUUGUAUAUAAUACGAAAAACCCACUGCAUGAUAGUACAAGUACAUUUGAAUCUUUAGAGGCAUUUUGCGAAAAACUUUAUGCUGAUGAAUUCAGAGCUCUUCCAAUAAAGGAGAAAAAUUUGUUACCCUCGCAAAAUAUAGAGAGCAUUUUAGAUGUAUGUGAAAAUCAAAUGGCUUCUUUAGAAAAUUCACUCGACAUUCACGAACAACUCAAGAAAGCUGCAUUUACUUCAAAUUUAGCAAGCCAAUCUAAUAAUAAAGUACCUGAAACACAGAAUCUUCAAUACAAAUUGCUAACUCAUGAAAAAUACAAUAAGACAGAUUCGAAGAAAAUAUCUGAUACAUUUAAGCAAUGGACUAAAGAUAAUAAAUCUUAUGAAACGAUUGAACCAGAUGAUUUGGAAAAUACAAUCAUGUAUGAAAUAGCAAAAAAAAGACAAAGAUGUCUCGACACGGCAAAGGUAAUAAUGGAAAUUGACACGAAUUCGGAGCUAGUAAAGGAGAAACAAAUAUGCCCAAAGAUUGUCAACGACUCCUUAUCGACUAAUGAUGCUAAAUUCAUGGAAACACUAAUGUCUGUUAAGAGAUAUCAAGAGUAUUUGGAAGAGCACAAAUCUAUACUGAAUUUAUUUCGACCUAAAUCAUGCAGUUCUCGUAUUCCUGACAAAAAAGAUGUUCAAACGAAGGAGAUAUCCAGAAAAGAUUUUGGUUCUCGUCGUUUAGGAGAUAAAGUCGAGAAUGCGAUAUUAGAAGAACCAGAGUUUUCAAGAAUGAGAAAGAAGAGUAGAAGUCCUUUAUUAGCAAAAUGUUCUACUAAUAAACUAGUUGUUUCAAAACCAAGAUUAUUUGUGACUCCUGGAAAAACGGUUGUUAAAAAAAGUUGUAAGCCAAAACGCACAUACUUUCCUAAUCUAGUGCAAGGAAUGAGUAAAGAAAAGAACGUUAGUUCGCAUCUGAAAAAUAUUUAUCGACAAAUAGAAAGUUACGAUCAUGUAGUAUCACCAGUUGGAAUAUAUAUAAAGGGUACGGAUCCUCAUCUGAUGAAAAAUUUACGACCUAAAACGGACGAAAAUCUAUUAACACCUAGAAAAAAGCAGAUUAUGCAAUCUCGCAGCCCAAAACCGAAGUUUCGACUAUCUCCGAAACAGACAAAAGAGACAAUGACUAAAACAGUGGUAAGAGAUGAAAAUAUUGCUCAUAAUUUUCUACACCCAAAAGUACAUUAUAAGCUUCCCUCGCAUGUACGGACGAUAAAAGAAACAGAAAAUCGAAAAGUGGGAAACCGCAUAAAGGAAUUAUUACGUUCAACACAAGAUAAAGUCGUAAUUCGACAUGAAGAUCGAAUAAAAUCAGUUCAAACAAAUUAUUUGAAGCAACCUGAAAUUCAUUACGAUUCCGCAGAAGAAUCCGUGCAUAUUGAGCAAACAGCGCGUAAAACGUGUUUUUCUCGUAUACAAAAGAAUUAGUGGCUGUUACUCUAUGUAAUUUGCUCUAAUUUAUUAACUGGAGAUCGAUAAUGCAUUAUAAAGAAAUACUAUAUAAUACAUGUUAUAAUUCAUAUUUUCAUUAAAGUUGUAUAUCUUUUUAUAUAUGAGAUGUAAAAUGUUUUAUUAAAUGUGCAAUUUAAAUUAUUUUUUCGACAUUAAUUAUUUUGCGCUUUCAUAAAAUAAUAUCUUAUUGCAUGCAAUUGAGUAACCUUUUUCUAAAGAGUUUAAUCACGAUUACAACUGCUGUACAAUUCAAUUUCUUACUUCCGCUAUCGACAGCAAGAAUGAAUUUAUUUUUUGGAUAGCUUCUUGGAGUUUCUUGAAGAGUAAGAUGGCAUACAUAACGAAAAAAAGUAAUGUACAUCAGAUCAAUUCAGAUUCUCAUUUUUUUAAUAGUAUCUUGCUCAAAAUGCUGCAAAAAUAUUUAACAAAGCAAUAUAAAUGCAAAAUAAAAGCGAGCACGGAUGAUUUUAGAACAACGAAUUCUCGAAGAAAAGUUUUAUGAGAGAUAUCCUAAGAUUUGUCAUGGGAAGAUGAAUUGACACACAGCCCUGAGGAGUUGCGCAUGGUACGCUUGUUGACGAUUGCACACGCCGCGCAUUAUGUUUGUCAAGCCACACGGAACAAAACUAAGCUAUGGUGGGGAGCGAUCGAUAAAUUCGAAGCCGCAACGUCGUACCGGCAAGUAAGCAUUCCGCUGCAUUAUCUAAGAGCUCGACAAACGAAGCGACAAGAUAAAACCGAUCAAGAUGCCGGGACCAGGAUGCGACAAGUGCAAGGACAAAUGCAAGGAUUGUAAAUGCGGUGACAAUUGCUCGUGCUGCGACUCUGGAUGCAAAGAUAAAUGUGACUGCAAGACGGGUGGACAAUGCACGUGCAAAGCUACAUGCACUUGUUAAUUAAUGACAAAAUAUCAUAUAAUCUGUACUAAAAAUAAACUCAUAAUGGGUUAAAGUAAAUCUAAUAUGUAGAUCAAAUUCGGACUUACUUUAGUAUUGUCAAAGUAAGAUUUUAUGCUUUAUAAAAUUUAUAUGUUAUGUGAACUUUUCCAUUUUGUUAGAUGAACAGCUAAUGAGUUAAUAAAAUUUAUAGAUUUUAAAUAA